CAUCAUCAUCAUCAUCAUCAUCAUCAUCAUCAUCAUCAUCACCAUCAUCCUCAUCCUCAUCCUCAACUUCAUUCUCCUCGUCUGAAUCCUCAUCUUCUGGAUCCUCAUCCUCAUCCUCAUCCUCGGCCGGUUCCUCGUCCACUUCUUCCCCCGAGCCCGCGACUCGACCCGACAAAUCCCUCUCAAACCCCUUUCCCGUCCUUUUGAAAUCUUUACACGUACCGCAGCAUGUCCCGCCCGGACAAGGCAAGCCAGAGACGAGAAAUCGUAAUGCGAGACGGAGGCAAGCGAGACAGUAUCGCAAACAAGAGGCGGAGGCGAGCGAGAUGGCAACAAAGACAAUACAUUCCGUGCCGGAUGCCUCUCUCGUCCAGAGCGUGCCAUCUACAUCUAUGGUGCUAUCAUCGCGUGCUCCCGAUGCCUUGAACGCUCCUUCGUCCGGCAGCACCAAACUGCCGAAUGCCAAUCGGAACAAAAAGAGAGGAUUCUUCAAAGAGAUGGAAUCGCUCAGAGGCGUCCGGACAACAUUUGACGACGAUCAAGGCGGCAGCUCUUCAUUUGUCGGAACGCGGGAUUCAGCUCCGAGCGAGCCAAUACAGACCCACGAGGCGUUCAUACCAGAUGGAACCAUCCUGGCCCCCAAGUCCACUCCCUCGAGUUCUUCUCGACGGUACAUCCGACCGCCAUCUGAGAUGGUUGACCUGCCCAGCAAUGUCAUAGUCACAUCGGUCGAAUACAGUGCUCAGCGUAGCCCGGCAUCACUGACGCCCAAUGGCAAGUAUCGAGGCGCAGCGUUCGGUCAUUCGGCGAUCCCUACAUCAGUCCAACCGUCUCCAGCUCCUGAGGCAGCCACUGCGGCUCCGUGCGCCCAAGCUGCCACUGACGAUGCAUCCCGCGCGUCUACUUCGCAUGGUCAUACCUCGCCCUCACGCACGAGUCAUACCGACUUUACACCCGACGAGUUCUCGGCCAUUUGGGAGCAAAUUGAAUGGCAUGCAUUCGACAAACUCGAAUCGAUCGUGGCAAGGUCGACCUACGACGACCUGAGAGGACAAUAUCUGGCGCGCAUGGUGAGUCUGCUUCGGGAGGUCCCCGGAUCUGACAUUCUGUAGGAGCUCGUCCUGAUUGGGUUCAGUCCCGAAUUGGGCAUGAGACUGUAUCGAGUUGUCGAGAUUACACCUCUGAAGAGCGUCCUCUCGCCCGUACCACGUUGGUGGGAAGAAGAGGAGCAAGACGAGGACAUCGAAGUCAGUCGAGAGGAAUUUUUGGCGCCAUCGAACGAGUUCCGGACGGAUUUCAGGAUCGUCGGGCCUUUGGAGGGAUAUUUGAGAUA